CAUGGCUAAAAUGGAAUCACUGUUGUGAGUGGCAGUCCGGGCAAGUGGAGCCUGCCUCCUUUGGCCUGCACCCCUUUUUUGGCACCGUUCACUUGAGUCUACCCCUAAGGCAGGUGGAUUUCCAUGUCGGCGUUAACCAGGGCAGCCAGAAAGGCAGAUAUAUGUACAGUAUGUUGUUUGCUUUGCCUAACUGUAGCGCCCUUGGCAACAGGCAAACCUGACAAAUAAUAUUUGCCAUGGUGAUGGCAAAUAGAAUUUUGGCAGAUACAUGGAUGUUAUUCAGUUUCAAAUUUGACAAAGUCAAAUCGAAUGAGGGAGGGUUAUCUGAGAACACAAGUUGCACUUAUAGGAGAGUUUGUUUAUGGUGUAAGGGCUCUCGAAAUAUGCUCACACGUUUGGCCUGCUCAUUCCUUUCCUUUCUGACACUGACCUGCUUAGGUUGACAUUGUUGCUCCUUAGGUUCUGCUCAAGGCAAUAGGUGUUUCUUUUCAAUGCUUCAUAUUCUUACCUCUGUUUUCUGUUGGAUCGCCUUGUCCGUAUCUUUUGCGGGGUGGGGCUCCUCAGGGUUUUGUGCUUGGCCCAGUUCCGUUCCAACAUUUGCAUGCUGCCAUGGGAAAUCUCUUCAAAGUUAUCUAUUUCCAUUUAAUGCAGAUGAUACCAGAAUUACCCAUUUUGGACUACAAACUGCCCUGAGGACAGUCAUACAUUUUUGGCCUAAAUAUUUGACUGUUCAACUUAUAACAGACUUAGAGAUUUCAGCUUGACUUCUGCUCACCGAUGUUUCAUUUGCAGUACUAAUACUUUGUACUUAAAAUUCAAAGCCAUUUCUUUGUGUGCCAAAAAUCGGGUUGUACUUGCAAUCUCCGCAAGACCACAAUUUGACAUAAAAUUAUUCCGAUAAAAAUGAAACACCAACAGCAAGUAAAUACAUUACUCUUUCACGUUUUCAUUCCCAGUUCUUUGACACAAAUCACAAAGAGAUCUGACAUGUUCUGGCCUAGCUCAGUUGGAGGGAAGGGGAGAAUACCAGGGGUCACUUGAGUGAAGGUCAGAUACACUUUUAAUCUGCAGGUUUUAACCAACAAAUGCAUUCAAGUGCUGCUUUUACCGCCAUUUCCCAUAUGACUGGAAAUAUGCACUUUCUCGUGUUGGAAAUCUGAUUGGGACACCAAAAGGAAAUUUCACACGGCGCCAAAUUAUUUUUCCCCCCCCAGUGUGAGUGACCUGAAAUGACACCACAUUGCUUCAGAUUUUUUUUUUUUUUAAAUCUUGGCUAGUUUAAUUUAACUUUCUGCAGACUGCCCUCUAUAUACGGUAUUAAAGUCGCUGGAUAAAUGCUUGCCUAACCAUUACCAAAAGUAGCUUGUCACAUGCUUAAUGGUGUUGAAUGGCGGGCUUGUGUUUUGCAAUGAAUGUCUUGUGUGUUUAAUAUUGGGAUUCAUUUUUUAUUAUUACAACUUGUAAGAACUGCGGGACGUCUUUGUCUUGUUUGAGCUGUUGGAGAUGAGAAAAUAGUGCUCGCGCGCACACACACUCACUUAUACUUACGCACACGCGCUCACACACACACACACAUACACACACUGAGUGCAUUAAUUAAUGUGGAAUCAAGAUCGUUUUUUUUAAGGGUGUGGUUUUGUUGCCCAGUGACUCAGAUAACUGCUGAGAGACUAGCUAUCUCCGAUAUAAUUUUCACCCUGUUCCCGAAUUGUACACAGGACAGUCCAUUUUUGUUUUUUGUUUUAAUUUGGCAUUGAAAACUCUUCACACAUCUGUUGCAGCAUGUCGGAGAGCAACACAUGAUUUGGGAAGAGAGGACUGACAGCCUUGCCUAGCGCCCGGCCUCUGUUCAGCCAUCUCCACCAGCAAACUGAAGCUUGACCCGCACUUCAUCACCAGCCGCACGUCAUCUAACUGUCACAUCAGUUGCAAGGGGAUGACCGAGCGCAUUCAUAACAUCAAUCUCCACAACUUCAGCAAUUCUGUACUUGAGACCCUGAACGAGCAGCGCAACCGUGGGCACUUUUGUGAUGUGACUGUUCGGAUCCAUGGAAGUAUGCUGCGAGCUCACCGCUGCGUGCUGGCCGCUGGAAGCCCCUUCUUUCAGGACAAGCUACUUUUGGGCUACAGCGACAUUGAGAUCCCCUCGGUGGUCUCGGUGCAAUCCAUCCAAAAGUUGAUUGACUUUAUGUACAGCGGGAUUCUGCGAGUGUCUCAGUCGGAGGCCCUGCAGAUCCUAACUGCCGCCAGCAUCUUGCAGAUCAAGACCGUCAUCGAUGAGUGCACUCGCAUCGUGUCCCAGAAUGUGGGCCUGGCCGGCCCGGGAGGCUUCCCCGUCAUACCGGGAGACUCGGGUCAGGACACCCCCCGCGGCACGCCCGAGUCGGCCACGUCCGGCCCGAGCAGCGACGCCGAGUCGGGCUGUAUGCAAACGUCAACCCAGCAGAACGCGGAUCGAGCGUACACGUCGCUCUACUCCUACUCCGGCCUCUCCAACGGCACCCGCGAGCGCUCGCUUUACAUCAACCCCUUGACGAGCAAUUACGAUCCGAGUGCCGGCGCUCAGAAAGACCAGCAGUCGCAGGAUCCCCCCUGGAUGAACCGCAUCCCGGAUCGAAGCCAACCGGUGGAGCGCUUCAUCUCCACGGCCGAGUCCACCACGCACUGCCGCAAGCAGCCCCGACCGGUACGCCUACAAACAGGUGGCAUGCACAUCAAGCAGGAGGCCGAAGACGAGUACGUCUGCUUCAACAACGUAGGGCACUGCCAGGUGGAGAACGACCACACCGAGGGCGUGGUGAGCGAGUCCAAGGUGGAAAGUUUUGACUCAGGCGUCAGCUCCUCCAUCAGUACCGAACCAGACGCCAUGGAUCAGCAGCCCUACCUGAGCUUCAACCGGGAGGGGGGCGGCGAAGGCCCUCACGGGGAAGGCGGACCGGUGCAGAUCGAGGUCAACGACUCGUCCCCGGAGCAAGCGCAGGAGCCCGACGAGGGCGACCAGAGCCACAGCACUAGUGACAGUACCAUGAUGCAUCCCCUGGCCAACCCCAUCAUGUCCCAAUCCCUGGCCAGCACACCGCACUACCUGCGGCAGGUGGAGUCACACACCAGCAAUCUCCGAAUGCCGCACGCCGUGACCAGCAAUUCCCAAGUGUUGGGCGCCGGGAACACCUUCUUGCCCACGCUCUUCCCCCCGCAGCCGACCAGAGACAGCAAGUCUUUCAUUUACCUUCCGGGCCAGCAGCAGGCCCAGUUUGUGACGGUGCCGCCCCCUGCCAUACCAUCAUUCCCCAACGCCAUGGCCGUGCCCCCGACGCCAUCCCAGCAGCAGCAGCAGGCAAUGGGUCAGGGGGAGAAGAAACCCUAUGCAUGCACUCUCUGCUGUAAAACCUUUACUGCAAAACAGAACUACGUCAAACACAUGUUUGUGCAUACUGGAGAGAAGCCUCACCAGUGCAGCAUCUGCUGGCGCUCCUUCUCCCUGAAGGAUUACUUAAUCAAGCACAUGGUGACCCACACAGGGGUGCGAGCCUACCAGUGCAGCAUUUGCAACAAGCGCUUCACCCAGAAGAGCUCUCUCAACGUCCACAUGCGGCUGCACCGUGGCGAGAAGUCCUACGAGUGUGUCAUCUGCAAGAAGAAGUUCUCCCACAAGACCCUGCUGGAGCGCCACAUGGCCUUGCACAGCACGGGCAGCGCCCUGGCCGGGCUGACGGGCCCCGCCGGCACCCCCGGCCCCGUCUCCAUCCCCGUCUCCAUCCCCAUCCCCAUCCCCCUCCCCAUGGCCGAGCCCGGCGCCGGGGUGGUGGCCCUCGCCAUGCCCGUGAGCGGAGGAGCGGGAGAAGGGCCCGGGGUCCCGACGGGAGUGGACGUGGCGGCGGAGGCCAGCUGCCAAGAUGGGACCACCUACAUGUGUUCCGUCUGCCCCGUCAAGUUCGACCAAAUGGAGCACUUCAACGACCACAUGCGAAUGCAUGUCUCUGACGGAUAAGUACAACUAGAUAAACUACUCCAAAAGAAUGACAAACAAAAUGGCACUAGAUUUUCCUUUUCUUCUUUUGAGGUAUGGAGAGUAAUGAGUAUAGACACUGGCACAUUAAGUUUCCCAAAAAAAACAAAAAACAAACAGAUUUUCUUUUUUGUUAUUCUAAAUAAACAAAAAAGAUGGUGGCCUUAAGGCUUAGUAGUUUGAUAUUGAUCUACUGGAUGGAUCCUAACUACAGGCCUCUAAAUGUAUGAUUUCCUAAAAUACUGAUUUAUGUGUUGAACACUACCGAAAGGCCUACGAAAGAAACGUACACACAAACACACCUUUAGUGUAGAUCUAUCUGAGCGAUUAUAAGUGUGCAUUGUGUGUGGAUCUGCAUGUUUCCCAGUGUGUGUAUGUGUGUGUGUGUGGAGGGUUUGUGUGUAUGUGUGUGAGAGAGAAAUGCCAUUUAAAAUGGCAGUUGUGAACCCAUACUGACCUGUUUGGAAACGAUAGAUGUCCAAACUUACUGUGGUAUAAUUUACAACAACAACAAUAACAACAAGAAAAAAAAUCAUCUUGGUUGGACUAUAUAUUCCCUCUAAAAUACUGACAGUCACAAGAUUGCCUUCUAAAGACAAUUGAAAAAGAAAAAGUAAAUUUGACACUGGGUUUUAUUUAUUCCUAUGGUAUUAAGAGAUUAUAAUGCAGCUGUUAAGGUACAAAUUUCAAUCACUUCCCAUCAAAGAUGGCGGGAAUAAUAUUUCGUAUGUUUUGUAACUGUCCAUGCAUUUUUGAUGAUUUAGUUUACUAAAUUAAACUGUGUUGAUGAGACAAAGCGAAAAAAAAAAUCUGAAAAAAAUAAUGUUUUUCUGAACUCAUUUGCAUACACUGCCACUAAUCUCCUAAAAGACUGUUAGUCAAGGUUACAACAAUCAUAAAAUGAGAGCGAUUUUUUUUCCUCCUCCUUUUUUAAUACUAUUUUCAUUCUUAGCCUUUUUCCAUUUACAGUUCGAGCAGCUCAGAAUACGAGAUGAAACUCCCUUCGUAUUUGCUGCUCCACCACUUAAAUCAGACUCCUGUAGAUUUUAAAACAAGAUUGAUCUCAAACUAUUGUUGUUAUUGAUUAUCCUACGUGGUUUUUCGUUUUCUUUUCACUCAGUUUAUGUAUCAGAGGUUGACUGUGGAUUUGAACAGCGCCAAAAAGAGAAACAUUUAAUUGCAGUCCCAAUUAGUUUUUGAAAUAGUUGCCGUCUGAUUGUAAGAUAGAACCUGUUCAUAACGAUACGGCACUCACUCAAACAGACUGCUGCGUUCUGAAAGGAAAGAUAGGAGGAAAACAAGUAGCUCUCCCACACAAUUUAUAUAUAUAUAUAUAUAUAUAGGUAUAUAUAUAUAUAUAUAUAUAUAUAUUACACGCACACUCAACAAAUUGUGGAUGAACUUUUACAUAAUAGUAUACAUUCCAGUUUUUCUAAAAGAAAAAAUCCAUGCAUCAUGACAGCACUGUAAACUGAUAUUUGGAUUUCAAUAUUUUCAACAAAUAGGACACACAGAUGCACCAACUCAUAAACACACAGACUAUUUACAGUGUGUGUGUGUGUACGUGUGUAUAUAUAUAUAUAUAUAUAUAUAUAUAUAUAUAUAUAUAUAUAUAUAUAUAUAUAUAUAUGCACACUGUAUAAGUUUUCAGUAGUAUACACAAAAAAAUAAAGACACACAAUUGCAUUGUGAAGGAUUUGCUCCUUUGCGUGAGCAAACUUUUGUAGUUAUGUUGCUCACAGUGCAGCAGAUAUAAAAUAAACCCAGACAAAAACGUGCUAUUUUGCACAUUUUCUUAAAAUGCCUGUGCUUAAUAUUUAAUCAUAUUCAUUAAAUGAACUAUGAUUUUUUUUGUUGAUUCAAUUUUAAAGUCAGAAAAGACAACUUUUUCGAAAAAAAAAAAAAUCUUGAUAAGUGGACUGCGUUAUUUUGUUGCAUAUAUGUUGCACUGCUUAAACCAAUAAGUGCACUACUGUUAACAGAGAUAUAGUUUUAGAAAAGAGGAUUUUUUUAAACAAAAAAAAAUCUAACAUUUGGUUAUAGAGUUCACGUGUUAGCAUAGCUUUGUUUCAAUUUGAAAGUAAUUGAGCGGUUCUCGGUUCUCGUUAUCGCUUGCAGUCACCGACAGUAUAUCAAUCCAGAUACUGUUUGUACAGUACAGUACUUGUGCCGAUGCAAGCAUUUAUUUAAAUGUGUAACAUGACGUGUGCGCAUCUAUGUUUGAUUUUCUUUUUUUUUUUAAGGUAAUGUUUUAUGGAGUCACUUCCCUGCAACUCAAUAAUUCAGUUGCAUUUCUUUAAGAGACAGAAUUUUCCUGAGAGCCAAACAGUGAAACAGUAGUAAGACAGUAAUAAUCACGACAACUUCUGUCAGACUCGGUGGUAGUGAUAAUAACAGCCAUUAUCACGCUAUGAAUAAUAAUAAUAAUGAUGAUUUAUUAUUGUGUGUGUGCGUGUGUGUGCGUGUUACAUAGAUGAUAUCCAUGUCCUAGUACAAAUUUUGGGUGGGCGUGGAUCGGUGAUGGAAUGCAGCUUCUUUGAUAAUACUGUAUGUGUCUGUGGGUUGUGCACCGUUGUGUCCUUUCCUUCCUUUAGUGGGUGUCGUCUGUCUGUGUGCUUUUUAAGCCGAAUCAAACUGUUGAGAAGCAAACUAUCUUGACCUUGUUAGGGCUUCCUUUGCAAUAUGCAGCGCAGGUACGAGACGAGGAGCGACUCCUCACCAAACCUUUUGGGCUCGCAAGAAAUCAUGAGUCGCAAGUCAUUUCCAAAUUUCAUCCAAAGUGACUGAGAUUCUGUAGUAGUUUCUCCAAACCGUGUGAACAUUUAUUUCACAUUUCCUCGUCUCAUUUGCGUAUUGGCCUAAAAGAAAAAAAAAAAAAAAAGUCCAAUCGAAUAAAUGGUGUGCCGUCUCUGUUUUGUAGCUGUCGCUGCCAGGAUGGCAAAUGUGCUGCAUGCUAGUGCUAGUGCUAUUUGUCUUGACACAGCACGUGGAGGGUCAUCUCUUGCCUUAACAGACAAUGCACUAAAUAGUCUAUGUAAGCAAACUGCCGAGUUCUCUUUUCCAACAGUAUUGCCACAUUUUUGGGCACACAGCUUACGGUGUUUUGUCAGCCGAGCACCAACACUGCCAAACUAACUUUCAGCGCAGAGGCAGACAUGUUUGCGUGUAAUGUACGUAUUCAGUGAUUUAGCAUUCCUUCACGGCACCCGCUUUUUGCAUAGUUUGUGUAAUCACAUAUAUCCAAUGCACUAUAGACUGUAGCUAGAUGAGUACAACCAGCUUUGUGGUAUCAAUGGUCUAAAUAGUAGGUUAAGUAGCUUGUCGUUGGCUUUGGACAAUAUUUCAUUUCAAAAUUACACUAUAAGAGUGUCUUGCUAUCAUUUUUAUGUUGUUGUUGUUGUGGUGGUGGUGGUUUUCUGGAAUAACAAGUAGCCAAUCUCUCCGGAUGAGUGCUAAUAACUUAUCCCAUCAUCAGUUGACUUGUUGUAUGAUAAGAUUGGAAGGAACUGAGCCUUCUUCUUCUUCUUCUUCUUCUCCCUGGUGUGCAUUAGCUUCCUUUCACUGUCCAUACUUAUACAAGACAGUAUAUUCUUUAUUCUGCUUCAGAUACUUGUGGGUGGUGCUUCACAGUCUUUUCUCGGGUAUUGCAAAGAAAAAUUGUAAAAAUGGUUUAAAAGAUUGCAGCCCCUUUUUGGGAAAGAAGGUCCUUUGCGCAUUUCUUGUACUUUCAGCUAAGGGAGAUUUUCCUUUUUUUGGGGGGGUGGGGUCAAAACGUUGGCUUAUUUUCCAAAACAAACCCUAUUGAAUGCUGGAUACCAAUCUCACAGCUGUUUGUGUUGUGUUUGCCAAUCAUAUGACAUGUUUUAUUUAUCUUAGUAUAGAGAUUUGGGGUCUACAAUAUGUUGUUAUGUCUUUCUAGCCGUACAUUUGAUUCUUCAUUUCUUCACAGUACUUCUUUAGUUCAUCCUGCUUAUGUGUUCUGGUGAUCACACAGUACGGUGGUGUUGUUAAUACAUACAUAUAGAUUUCAUCUAGCUGGGUCGAGGGUAGUCAAGUAAUGAAGUCAUUUCUUUCACAGUGUAUUAUGAAUAUGCGUACAGUAUAGGCUUUGCAUCGAGGUGAAAAUACAGGACAGGAAUGGUGAGGGUUCAUAGUAGUGUCCGUCUCCAUCAGUUUUUCUUUGUUCGAGCUUGAAUUAAGUCACAGUUCAGAAUAAAACCACUCAGAUUAUACGUAACAGCUUUUUAUUUGCUCUUCUACAGCACACAUCAGUGUGAAACAGAUAACGUCUGGUAAAGAUAUUUAUAUAUAAAUAUAUAAAAUGUAUAUAAAAAAAGAAAUCAUCAUCUCUCCACACAGUUGAAUGCAUUUCUCCUUGCGGGAUAUUGGAAAUAUGCCUAUCAAGUGCCUAGUAGUACAGUCAGCAACUAUACAGAAUUUUCAUAGUUUUUCUCUCCUACAUUGCACAGAUACAAUAUAUUCACAAUGGUCUAUUUAGUUAAAAAUAUACGACAGUAUUUAUACAAAUAAAACCAGGUGGUUGUGAAUGCAUCCGAACCCUUUAAAAUACCUGAAAUGUUCUAUACAUACAUAUACAGUAAAAGCAGGUGUGAUUUUUUUUCCAUGUAUGCUAUAUGGAGGAUUCAGAGAUAUCAAAGAUGCACAGUCACUUACAAAUGUUUGACUGUUUUCUUCUUGCACGUUGUUCACAUUUGUCGCGGGAAGGCAAUGCGGCUUGGCGAUCAAUAGAAGAAGCUGCAUGAAUGUAAGGUGCUGUGACUUUCAGCUUGUCCCCUCAGCGAUUUUAUUAUUAUUAUUUUUUUUUUUUUUGAUGCAGCUUUCGGAGUAGUUGUGGGUAAAUAUCAAAUUGUUAACACGGCAUCCUCAGUAGAUUAGCAGUUGGCUAUGUUUACCCGAUGCUAAAUUUUCUCAUCUCAUAUUAACGAAUGUUUUAACUUCCUGCCUUCAUACAGCCGUACAAUGGGGCCACGUGCAAAAAGAAACUAGCAUUUUUUUAAUUUUUUUUUUUUUUAUAACCCCUCUUUGGCGGUAAAGUCUUGUAAUCAGAUUAGAAAAUUAAGUGAACACAACACAGGAUUAUUGCACAAAGAUCUCUAAAAGCGCUUUGUGUCAGACAUGAAGUUUUCGGUUGGCGAUGACGGUGUAGCUGCGAGAUGAAAGGUUUUGGACCGGCUCAUUAUUGUGUCCCCUGUGGACUCAUUACCACACUUUCAUUCUCCAGCCUGGUCAACGUGCCAAAUUGAAAAUUUUAGCGGGGUGGGAACACUUCACAUUAAAACUACUAUUGUCAAUUAGUACAAAGGACUAUUAAGGCCGCACAGAAAAGAAAAAAAAAAAAAAGAAUUGUCCCAUGAGGACAAAAUCCUUGAAGAUUUAACAGCCUAACUAUGGUAACUUUGGCAAAAUUCCUAAUUGGGUACUUACAUUCUAAAUUAGUUCUUAAAAUCAAGACAUCCCCAAGGUGAAACCAAAUAAAGUGAUUGCCUUUACUUUGAUUCUUUAAGUCCUCCAUCAUUCAUAGUUUUGACUAGGAGAAAACAGCUAUGACUAUAAACAGAUAUUUUGGGGGGAAGGCUUAGUUUCAUUGACAUUCAAAACCAGUAUAGGCAACGUGAUAACUUGUCCCUGUCAUCCACCCAUCAAUCACACACACAGUCUACAUCCACUCACAAUUAUAUUCCCGAUGACCGUUUUUCUCUAUUAUUACACAACACGAUUGAAUUUGUUUUAAAGCUGCCACCUGUCGUAUCAGUACAAGUCUACUGUGUCAUUUAGUCCUGUUAAAAAUCUUGCAGUGGUUCUCAAACUGCGUUAUAACAUCUAUUAUUAUUAUUUUCCCCCAAAAAUAAGGACAUUGAAAUAAUGAUGAUCCAGUCUGAAUUUAUAUGAAUAAAAAUGAUUUUUUUUAGCGAUUAUUUUAGGACAGAUGAAAUGACAUUGGAUAAUUUCCCUCUGCACCUGUGUUGAUUUCUCUGGUUGAGAAUUAAAAGAUUAUGCGGUUUGAACAUUAAUGAAUCUGUAUUUAAAUAAUGGUUCAGUUCAAAUGGAUUGCACAUAAAUGGUAAAUUAAAAAAUUGUACCAAAACAAAUAUUUGAAAACAUGUAGAUUAAAAAAAUGCAUCGUGCAUUCAAAUUAAAUACAACUAAACUGUAUGUGUUAAAAUGCGCGUGGUCAGGGUAAGGAAAAUUAAUUAUGCUGUUGAAACUUCCUUUGCUUACCACUAGAGAGAGCCCACAUGACACCAAUGAUACUCCAGUUUGAGAAUCACUGCUUAUGGCCAUUUUUGUUCAACUCGGUUGCAUUCCCAUUCAACCCAGAACAUUCCAGUCAGUGUUCCCCUUCAACAAAAAAUAAUCUGUAUUUCAUUUAAUUUGCCUUUUUUUUUUUUUUGACACAAAAUCACAAAGCUCUCUAGCUAGACCACUUCUGUAGACAACAUGCACGACAACACAUUUAAAUAUUUGGCCUCAACGACAAACAUUUAAAAACAGACAUCAUCAAGACUUAAAGUAAUCAAUGGAGCCGUAUUUAUUUUCUGAAGUCCAUUUGGUGAGGAAAAACGGAACUAGACAUUGUUAGUUCACACACAAACCAAAGAAGGGUUGAGAUUGUUUCGGAGAAAAAAGGGGUUGUUUUCUUGAUGUUGUUUUUGCUUUUUGUUUUAAAGGCAGAAAGCUUAAUGUUUAUCUGUAGUGUUUCGCUUGUCUUCAUUUGUAGGGCUAGGAUUAGGGUAAGGGCAAAAAAAAAUGUUUUUAAUUAGGAAACCCUAUAAAGCUAUUCAAAAAUGCACACCCAUUGAUAUUUGUUUCAAUAAAACCACAUUCAUUCUUCCACAAACAAACAAACAUUGAACAUGUGUCAUCCCCACCUUGAACUCAUCGAUGACCCCUGAAAUUCACUUUUACAUUAUUUUACAUUUAAUAGAUUGCAUUUUUAAAAUGUACUCUCUGUUCUUAGCUUUUUUUUCCUCAAAAUAUCGGAUUUACACAUUAUAAAGGCUAUCCCUGCAACAACCAAACUAACAUCACAACUUUUUGAAGACGUUUAGCCAUUUGUACUUGAUAUGGACCAAGAUGUUAAGUUUGCACAUAUUUGUAAGUUAUGAAGCCAAAAACCACACGUGAAAUAUCGUUAUGCUCACUGGAGCAGCAAAGAAAAAUUCGAUAUAAAUGUGCUCCAAAAUUGUCAUCAUUUUGUAACAACAAAGCGUCAUCCUUAAUUUUGUUUUCAGAGAUUCUUGUCAAGAUUCUGGAAUAUAUUAUUUUAUUGUGUGCUCUCAAAAGAGGUAAUUGAAUUGCGGUAAUUGGCGUAAAGACAAAUUGCUUGAAUUUACAAGCUGGGCACUUUCUCGUCUUUUUUUGGUUAUCUGGCUUUUUGUUGCUCUGAUAUCUUUUUUGUAGAUGGCAUGCUUUUUUUUUGUAAACUCAGAUGUUGCUUGUGUGUAUAUUUUGUUUCUGCCUCAAUCCUCUUGCUAUCUUAUAAACUCACCCUUGGAAAAAAAAACCUUGUCAGAAGUGGAGCUGUUGUAGUAAACGGUAGUUAAAGAUGACAUCAAACUAAACAACCCUGAGAUAUAUGCUGCAGUAAUGUGUUUUCGACAUUAGUUUUUGGUAAUUUAUCCUCCAAGUUUAUACUUUAUUAUUAUUGUUAUGAAACAAGCUUGUUUGAAAUGUUUUGACUGCUGUUCUGAAAUAGGGGAGAAUUUUUCAGUAUGUGCAUGGACGUCUUUUUUUUUUUUUAAAUAUAAUGAUUUGUCAAACACUGGACUGGAGUGAGUUUUCCAACAUUUCCAAGCUGAAAGAUGUAUUUGACAGACAUGACUGCACAGGAAAUGGGGAGGGAGGGGGUCUAAUUUUUGAGAUGUCAAGACAUUUCGUUUUGUUAGGGUGAAGGGGGGGUGUAUACCCACGUAGGUGACCCUCUCUUCCCAAUCGUUGCUUGCCAAGGCAUAAUAAUCAAUUCAUUUGUUGAUUGGGAAAACUUUGUUGAUCGUGCGCAAUUGCUUGUUGCAUAGCUGUUGAGUCCAAAUGAAGUGCACCGGUUGGCUUAGAAACAGGAGUUCAGAACAUUUGUAUUUUUUUUUUUAGAUCAAUUGCUCAUCAGAUGUGUAUUUUUUUGAUGAAUAAUAAUGAUAAUUAGUCCACUGGGUUAGGGUAAGACAUCAUAAAGGGAUAUUCCAGAUUGGACGCCUUCUUGCUAUGGUUAAGCCGAUAAUAAACCAAUUUUCUCAUUGUUCCACUUUCUCAAGCCAGAAAAGAAAUUUGCACUAAAGACUCAUUUUGGUCUUCUAUCAAAAAGCAAUAUUAUUCACUGAACAACUUGUCAAAACCAUAGUUGUUUGUUGGCGUCCGUCGUGGCACACGUUGAUGUUUUCCGCUUUUGAGGGGCAUUCAAGUUUCCUCCCGGCUUUGCUCAUGUAGACAAGUCAAAGCAGAAGUGAGGUAAAUGAGAUAGGUUAGGUUAAUAAUGGAGGGGAUCCAUUCUGAGUCUUCAUCAACUAUUGUCGUGUGAACAAACUAAAACGUUGAUUAUUUGGUCAUUUUGAGUGAACGUUCCAAAAAUGAAAUGCACCUUUUUGUGAUAUAAACUUCAUUUGGCUGCAUCCACCAAAUCUCCUUUUUCUGUCCCACCAUCAAAGUCAAGGUCUGACCUUGACAUAAAUUAUUGUUUAGUGUAAAAAAAAAAAAAAGAGAGAGAGAGAGUAAAGUCACCAUCAUAUGCGGCAAAGUAGCUUUCCUUCCUGUUCCCACCGCUUUGUCUGGUGUCGCGGUUUGUCUGAAUAUGUUGCGUGUUCGAGGAAGCAUAAGUACGUGCCUUCUUGUAAUCUCGUUAUUAUUGAGAAGCUGAAGCCAGCCAAUUGUGUUUGCACUAAAAACCAAAUUGCUUUUUGUUUUGUGAUGUAGACUAUUUAAAGCGAGCUUGUUGCGUCACUUUAAACCGUACAGUAUGCAUGAGGGUAAUUUGGCCCAUCCGUCGACCUGUAAACAAACCCAGUGCAGCUUCUUGAGGAUCGUGUGAAUAUAUCUCGGCUUUCGAUUCCAUCUCCUUUAGUCAUCCGGUUUGUCACAGUUUCAAUUGUAAAAAAAAAAAUUAAGAAAAAAUUGAAAAAAAAAAAAGUUGUGAUAUAUAUUUAAAAAAAACAGGCAACACCAUAACUACAAUACUGCUUUUAUGUUCACAUGCCACGAUAAGAGAAUUAAGCAUUCUUUUUUUUUUUUCAAUCCACGGGAACGCAUGAGGUCGCCUCAAGACUCUUGGUCAAUUUAAUUUUAUUUUAACUUGUAUUUAUUACAUAUUUUUGUCAACAACUAAUAAAAAAAAAAAAGCAUACAUGUGUUGAGUCUUAAAAUGCACCUUAUUCAUGUCAGUCCAUGUGGGGAAAACAAAAGAAUAAUGGUUUUUUUUUUUAGGAAAAAAAAGGCUGGCAAUGUAAUAUCUCUAAUUUAGCACCUUACUACACAGCAUGUUUUCACUUUAUGCCAGUUUAGCUCUUCUUUCAUUUGGAAUCUCAUAUUUGUGCGACUUGCUCAUUCGUGGGAUGUGCCAAAGUUUGGAGGCGAUCUCCCCAACUGUUGACACUUAUCAUUUUUCUUCUUUUCCUCCUCCUGCUUCAGUUCUCGCAAACUUUCCUAUAACUAGUGUGUGGAAUCCAUUUAUCUCAGCAACCAGUAUCAUAACUUGCCAUUUUACAAUAAGCCCUGUAUUUCACAUAUAUUUACCAGUGAUGUGUAUUCGUUAUUAUAAAGAAAAUAGCCGUAAAAGCUUCAUUAUGUUACACAAUAUUGUGACUUUUUUCGAAAAACUGUGAAGACUUAUCUUGCAUAUACUUUAUACAGAAGUAUUAAGCCUUAAUACAAAAGACUAAAAAAAGUGUGGAAGAAUAAACUGAUUGUUGCUAAGUAAGGAUGAUUUUUGUAAAUGUUACCAGCACUUUUUUUGUAAUUUUCACUCUCUGAGGUAUUGUACAAGUUCAAGCUGUUUGUGAAGUUUGAUUAUGAAGGAAUAAAAACUAGUACUUUCCUGUACUUCA